UCGCAUCUGUUCCUAAUUCCUAUCAAUCGCAGAUAAUCCUUAGCCUCUCUACAUUUCUCUCAUCAUCGUUUCCUAACGAAUCAGACUUGACCACUCCACUCUAAAACCGGACUUCCCGAGGAACCCCCAUCCAUGGAUCUCUGGACCCUUGACACGGCGAUCCGAAACCCAAUCUUCUCCUCGGCGAAAUCGAUCCCUGAGAAAUCGCUCUCGAGGAAACUGGGCGCCGUGGAGAUCAGGUUUCAAAAGCGUAAACUUUCUACUUGUGGGUACCGUUCCUUGGUUGUUAGAGCUACGUCGAACAAGAGUAACGACGAUUCUUCUUCUGCUUCUGGAGGAGAUGCUUCUCAAGAAAACAAAUCAGGUGAUUCCGCUGCUACUCCAAAGCCCUUUGGUCUUAACACGGAUUGGAGAGAGUUCAGAGCUAACUUGUUUAUGAAGGAGCAGGAAGAAAAAGCAGCAGGUGAGGGUCACAAACCAGACACAACAUCCCCUCAAGCUGAACCAAGAGGCCUUAAAUGGGCACACCCGAUUCCUUUCCCUGAGUCUGGCUGUGUUCUAGUCGCCACGGAGAAGCUAGACGGUUAUCGAACAUUUGCGAGAACCGUUGUGCUACUUCUUAGAGCAGGAACCAACCACCCGCAAGAAGGGCCAUUCGGAGUUGUCAUCAACCGUCCGCUUCACAAAAACAUCAAGCACAUGAAAUCAACCAAAACCGAGCUCGCUACCACCUUCUCAGAAUGUUCCUUGUACUUUGGUGGGCCUCUUGAAGCCAGCAUGUUCCUGUUGAAAACCGCCGAUAAAACCAAGAUACCUGGGCUUGAAGAAGUCAUGCCAGGCCUUAACUUUGGUGCUCGAAACACUUUGGAUGAAGCUGCGGUACUUGUGAAGAAGGGAAUGCUUGAGCCACAGGACUUUAGAUUCUUUGUUGGUUACGCAGGUUGGCAGCUAGAUCAGCUCAGAGAAGAGAUCAAAUCAGAUUACUGGCAUGUCGCUGCGUGCAGCUCGGAGUUAAUAUGUGGAGCUUCACCGGAAAACUUGUGGGAAGAGAUAUUGCAGUUGAUGGGCGGUCAAUACUCAGAGCUUAGCCGGAAGCCCAAGCUGGAUAUGUAGACGUUUAUGUUUUGAAAAUGGUGCCUAGUUUUCUAAGGCUUAUAAAAUAAGCCAAAUGUAUAGCUUAGCUUCACUUUUGUCUUGUGUAUUUGAGAGAAUAAAGCACUUCUAUAUAUAGUUCUAUGCUAUUUAAAAAGAUUUGCUUUCUGAAAA